AUGGCUUUAGCCGGGCUCUGCGCCCUGCUAGCCUGCUGCUGGGGGCCGGCGGCGGUGCUGGCCACGGCCGCGGGCGACGUGGAUCCUUCCAAGGAGCUGGAAUGCAAGCUCAAGAGCAUCACGGUGUCGGCGCUGCCUUUCCUGCGCGAGAACGACCUGAGUAUCAUGCACAGCCCCUCGGCCUCCGAGCCCAAGCUCCUCUUCUCGGUACGCAACGACUUCCCGGGAGAAAUGGUCGUGGUGGACGACCUGGAGAACACGGAGCUGCCCUACUUCGUGCUGGAGAUCUCAGGGAACACGGAGGACAUCCCUCUGGUGCGCUGGAGGCAGCAGUGGCUGGAGAAUGGCACUUUACUUUUUCACAUCCACCACCAAGAUGGUGCCCCGAGCCUCCCUGGACAAGACCCAACCGAAGAACCCCAGCAUGAGUCAGCAGAAGAGGAGCUGAGAAUCCUCCACAUCUCAGUCAUGGGUGGCAUGAUAGCACUGCUGCUGUCCAUCUUGUGCCUUGUGAUGAUCCUGUACACUCGCCGGCUCUGGUGCAAGCGCCGCCGGGUCCCCCAGCCCCAGAAGAGUGCCAGCGCUGAGGCUGCCAAUGAGAUUCACUACAUUCCUUCUGUGCUGAUCGGCGGGCACGGGCGGGAGAGUCUGCGCAAUGCCCGCGUGCAGGGCCACAACUCCAGCGGCACCCUGAGCAUCCGGGAGACACCCAUCCUGGAUGGCUACGAGUACGACAUCACUGACCUGCGCCACCACCUGCAGAGGGAGUGCAUGAACGGAGGGGAGGACUUCGCCAGCCAGGUUACCCGCACCCUUGACUCCCUGCAGGGCUGCAACGAGAAGGCAGGGAUGGACCUCACGCCAGGAAGCGACAAUGCCAAGCUGUCUUUGAUGAACAAGUAUAAAGAUAACAUCAUUGCUACCAGCCCUGUGGACUCCAACCACCAGCAGGCCACUCUGCUCUCUCACACCUCCAGUAGCCAGAGAAAGAGGAUCAACAACAAAGCAAGAGCUGGUUCCGCCUUCCUGAACCCUGAAGGGGAUUCUAACACAGAGGCAGAAAAUGACCCCCAGCUGACCUUUUACACUGACCCCUCGCGGAGCCGAAGGCGAAGUAGAGUGGGCUCUCCCCGAAGUCCUGUGAAUAAGACCACCUUGACAUUGAUCAGCAUCACCAGCUGUGUGAUUGGCCUUGUGUGUUCCUCUCAUGUCAGCUGCCCUCUCGUUGUCAAAAUCACCCUGCACGUCCCUGAGCACCUGAUCGCUGAUGGGAGCCGCUUCAUCUUGCUGGAGGGGAGCCAGCUGGAUGCCAGUGACUGGCUGAACCCUGCCCAAGUGGUUCUCUUCUCUCAGCAGAACUCCAGUGGGCCCUGGGCCAUGGACCUUUGUGCCCGGCGGCUCCUGGACCCCUGUGAACACCAAUGUGACCCCGAAACUGGUAGGCGGGAGCACCGGGCAGCGGGGGAAUGCCUCUGCUAUGAGGGUUACAUGAAGGAUCCAGUGCACAAGCAUCUUUGCAUUCGGAAUGAAUGGGGAACCAACCAAGGGCCUUGGCCUUAUACAAUAUUUCAGCGAGGCUUUGACCUGGUUUUGGGAGAACAGCCUUCUGAUAAAAUAUUCAGAUUCACCUACACCCUCGGGGAGGGCAUGUGGUUGCCCCUCAGCAAGAGCUUUGUGAUUCCACCAGCUGAACUGGCCAUCAAUCCAUCAGCAAAGUGUAAGACAGACAUGACAGUGAUGGAGGAUGCUGUGGAGGUCAGAGAGGAGCUGAUGACCUCAUCCUCCUUUGACAGCCUGGAGGUCCUCUUAGAUUCCUUUGGACCAGUCCGUGAUUGCAGCAAGGAUAAUGGGGGCUGCAGUAAGAACUUCCGCUGCAUCUCAGAUCGCAAGCUGGACUCCACUGGUUGCGUGUGCCCCUCCGGACUCAGCCCCAUGAAGGACAGCUCUGGUUGCUAUGACCGCCACAUCGGGGUGGACUGCUCUGAUGGCUUCAACGGUGGCUGUGAGCAGCUGUGUCUGCAGCAGAUGGCACCCUUCCCAGACGACCCUGCUGUGUACAACAUCCUCAUGUUCUGCGGGUGCAUCGAGGAUUACAAGCUUGGUGUGGAUGGACGCUCUUGCCAACUCAUCGCAGAGACCUGUCCAGAGGGAGGUGACUGUGGGGAAAGCAGAGAGCUCCCCAUGAACCAGACCCUCUUUGGGGAGAUGUUCUUUGGUUACAACAACCAUUCCAAGGAAGUGGCUGCUGGACAGGUGCUGAAAGGAACAUUCAGGCAAAACAACUUUGCUCGAGGUUUAGACCAGCAACUGCCAGACGGUCUUGUGGUGGCCACUGUCCCCCUGGAGAAUCAGUGCCUGGAGGAGAUCUCAGAACCAACCCCGGACCCAGACUUCUUGACUGGGAUGGUGAACUUCAGUGAGGUGUCCGGAUACCCCGUCCUGCAGCACUGGAAGGUCCGCUCUGUGAUGUACCACAUCAAACUCAAACAAGUGACUGUCUCUCAGGCCCUCAGCAAUGCUCUCCACUCCAUAGACGGGGCUACAUCUCGUGGGGAUUUUGUAGCCUUGUUGGACCAGUUUGGCAACCAUUACAUCCAGGAAGCUAUCUACGGCUUUGAGGAAUCCUGCUCUAUCUGGUACCCAAACAAGCAGGUCCAGCGGCGACUCUGGCUGGAAUAUGAAGACAUCAGCAAAGGCAACUCCCCAUCCGACGAGUCAGAGGAGCGGGAAAGAGACCCCAAGGUGCUGACAUUCCCAGAAUACAUUGCCAGCUUGUCAGAGUCUGGCACCAAGCGCAUGGCGGCUGGAGUCCGCAUGGAGUGCCAGAGCAAGGGACGGUGCCCCUCGUCCUGCCCCCUGUGUCAUGUGACAUCCAACCCUGACACCCCUGCUGAGCCAGUUCUGCUGGAGGUGACCAGAGCAGCCCCCAUCUAUGAACUGGUCACCAACAACCAGACGCAGAGGCUCUUGCUGGAGGCCACCAUGAGCUCCCUCUGGUGCUCCGGGACUGGAGAUGUCAUCGAGGACUGGUGUCGAUGUGACCCCAGCGCUUUCGGAACUGAUGGACUCCCUGCCUGUGCGCCUCUGCCACAGCCCGUGCUCAGACUCUCCACGGUUCAUGAGCCCAGCAGCACCCUCGUGGUCCUGGAGUGGGAACACUCAGAGCCUCCAAUCGGGGUGCAGAUUGUAGAUUACCUCAUCCGUCAAGAAAAGGUCACUGACAGGAUGGACCACUCCAAAGUGGAGACAGAAACGGUGCUGAGCUUUGUUGACGACAUCAUCUCCGGAGCGAAGUCUCCUUGUGCGAUGCCCUCUCAGGUUCCGGACAAGCAGCUCACCACCAUCUCUCUGAUCAUACAAUGCCUGGAGCCUGACACCAUCUACAUGUUCACCCUGUGGGGAGUGGACAACACAGGACGACGCUCCAGGCCAAGUGACGUGAUCGUGAAGACCCCUUGCCCAGUGGUGGAUGAUGUCAAAGCCCAAGAAAUAGCAGACAAGAUCUACAAUCUCUUCAAUGGCUAUACCAGUGGGAAGGAGCAGCAGACCGCCUACAACACCCUUCUGGAUCUGGGUUCCCCCACCCUCCAUCGAGUCCUCUACCACUAUAACCAGCAUUAUGAGAGUUUUGGAGAAUUCACCUGGCGGUGUGAGGAUGAAUUAGGCCCCAGGAAAGCUGGCCUCAUCCUUUCUCAGCUUGGGGAUCUCAGCAGUUGGUGCAAUGGACUCCUUCAGGAACCCAAGAUAAGCUUGCGACGCAGCUCCCUCAAGUACCUGGGCUGCCGCUACAGCGAGAUCAAGCCCUACGGACUUGACUGGUCAGAGCUUAGCCGGGACCUUAGGAAGACGUGUGAGGAGCAGACCCUGAGCAUCCCUUACAACGAUUAUGGGGACAGCAAAGACAUCUAG